ACGUGACCCUGGCCGCUAUAGAAAGCAGCAGCUAUAGGGAGAGGUAUGAGGAAGAGCCUGCGGGAGGAGGUGAGGUUUUGGGGCGGCACACCGAACUCACACAGGAAGAAGGGAUGCCGGGCUCGGAAAACAUGGAGCUUGAAAGGAUGACUGCCCGAGACGACUGGCCGGACGAGACGGAGGAAAAGGAAGAAGAGACUGCUGAAAAUCCGUCUCCCUCGUGCUGUGACCGGCUCCAUGCGACCAUUUCCAACUGGAUGCUACCUUCAGACUACAGGGAUAUCUACCUAGAAAGAGCAAACUGCCUGCCCCCUCCACUUUUCAUAAUCUUAAUAAGUAUCGCAGAGCUGGCUAUAUUCAUUUACUACGCUGUGUGGAAGCCACAGAAACAAUGGAUCACCUUGGAUAACGGUGUCAUGAACAGCCCUUUCAUUUACCGAUUCGAUAAACGUGAAGAAGCAUGGAGAUUUGUCUCUUACAUGUUGGUGCAUGCUGGAGUGCAACAUAUUAUUGGGAACCUUUUCCUUCAGCUUUUCAUUGGGAUCCCAUUAGAGAUGGUCCACAAGGGACAUAGAAUUGGCCUCGUUUAUAUCGCUGGAGUCAUUGGAGGAUCUCUGGCCAGUUCGAUCUUUGAUCCCAAUAAACAUCUGGUUGGUGCUUCAGGCGGUGUCUAUGCCUUGAUAGGAGGGUAUUUUAUGAAUGUUAUUGUGAAUUUCAAAAGCAUGGUGCCAUUAUUUGGAAUUUUUCGAAUUGUAGCCAUUGUUUUAAUAGUUGGGACAGAUGUUGGUUUUGCCCUUUACAGAAGAUACAUCGUACACGAUACUGACUUACAGGUAUCUUUUGUGGCUCACUUUGCGGGGUGUCUAGCUGGAAUGUCGAUUGGUUACACCGUCUUCAGCUGCUUUGACAAAAACCUCAUUAAAGAUCCCAGGUUCUGGAUAUGUAUCGCUGCCUACGUAGCCUUUCUGAUCUUUGCUGCACUUUUCAAUAUCUUCUUUUUUCCGAAGUAGCAGACACGUCCGAUUCCAGUGAUG